CAAACAAGAGGAGUCUCAACUGCAUGCAUUAAUGUUGUUCCCCUGCCUGCACUUCUCUCGCUAUAAAUACUAACAAUAUCUCUACAAUGCAUUAUUGUGCAUUCAAAAAGUGAGCUCUACUCUUUCUAACUUAAAAAUAAGGAGUAUGGCCAAACUUACAUACAAGGUUGGAGCCUUGGCUCUUGUUCUGGCAUUUCUGAUUGUGGGAUUUGCUGAAAGCCGGAAGUUGGAGAAGGAGACGCUUGGUGGUGGUCUUGGCGGUGGUGCUGGUGGUGGGUUUGGAGGUGGAGCUGGAGGUGGAGCUGGAGGUGGCCUUGGUGGUGGUUUCGGAGGUGGGCAUGGCGGUGGAUUAGGAGGCGGAGCUGGAGGAGGAGCUGGAGGCGGAUUCGGAGGUGGCCAUGGCGGCGGAAUUGGAGGGGGAGGUGGAUUAGGAGGCGGAGCUGGAGGUGGAUUUGGUGGCGGUAAAGGAGGUGGAUUUGGAGGUGGAGCUGGUGGCGGAGCGGGAGGUGGUUUUGGAGGCGGAGCUGGCGGGGGAGCGGGAGGUGGAGCUGGAGGCGGAGCAGGAGGUGGGUUCGGAGGUGGUAAAGGAGGUGGAUUUGGAGGCGGAGCAGGAGGUGGCCAUGGAGGCGGAGCGGGAGGUGGAUUUGGAGGCGGAGCUGGUGGAGGAGCGGGAGGGGGCUUUGGAGGCGGAGCUGGCGGGGGAGCGGGAGGUGGUUUUGGAGGUGGUAAAGGAGGUGGAUUUGGAGGCGGAGCAGGUGGAGGCUUUGGUGGCGGUUCAGGUGGAGGAGGAGGCUUUGGUGGCGGUUCAGGUGGAGGAUUCGGCGGCAGAGUCUAAAAUCAGACUACAUCAAAUAUGAUGUUAAAAAGGGAGUAGAUAUAGAUUACUCCUAAAGUCCUGGAAAUUUUCCCAAUAUAUUUACAAAAACUAAUAUGCAUGCACCCACCAGAAACAUGCUCAUGCAAAGACUACUACUUAUUUGUACUUCCAAUUCUACGUAAUAAGAUAACCAGAAAAA